AUGCGCUCAAUGGAAUGGUUCUGCAACAUUGUUCUCAGGUUUUUCUGUUGGCAAUCCAGGCGUUGCUCUAUGGAAGAGAUCCAGGGACGCCCCAGCCGGUCUAUUUCGGCCUCGCUGGCUACCUGGGGGAGAACGCAGAGCGAACUUCCUGCCAAUGAGGUGCUGGAGAGAACGGCAGCUCAUUUGGAUGAUGCCACAGCCGGAACCUUGUGGGCGGACUUCGCUUGGCUCGGCACACUCCUGCGCCAACAGCCUGAAAGAAAUGACAGGGCCUGGAUCCUUACAACAGGGAACCAGUUUUGCCCCGGCAAACCGCUGUUGCAGCAGAAGCUUUGGCCCAGUGUGGUGUCCCGUUUGCAGCAGCGCCUCCCUGAAGGCCUGGUUCAGGAGGUUGCGGACACCAUUUUUGAUAUGGCCUCGGCUUUGUGGUACCAGGACUACCUCAUGGUUUUGUUGCCAUGGCUUACUUCGACGGAGCAGCUGCAGUUCCAACAAUGGUUCCAGGAGUACGAGCGGAACCAGUUUCUUGCUCUGCCGCGAAGCGCCGGGGAGACUGCACCAUUGCCCGGCGAGGACCUCAAGGAAGCCGCGGCGGUGGGCGGAGGACAUGAAUCCCCAGACCGGGGAACCGUCGACAGCCCCGAGCAGUGCCAGGGCCUCCCAGGAGAGCGCGGAGCUGCUGGAGGACAGGAACCUGGCUCUGAACAGCCCAGCACCGGCACGCAUGGAAGUGGACAGGGAGAAGCGCCUGGCCGAACCACAGCCGGAGGCGGCGGCGACAAAGUGGCCACGCGGUCACUUGAAGGGCGAUCGGCCGCGCUCCCUCACCACGCCGACCCUCGCAGAGGCGUUCAGGGCCAGGGCAAACCGAGCAGCGAGGACAGGGAGCGCAGCAACGCCAGAACUGGUGGGGACAGCAGCAGCGCCGAGCGAGCGACCGCAGCGAUCGCGGCUACCAACGAUCGGCGGGACCAGGACCGGGAGAACGCGGCGCUACAGGACCUGGUGGUAGCGAUGGGGCGCUUGACGUUGAGAAUCGAAGACAGCCUCAACGUGUAUGGCCUCGAUACCAGCUUUAUGCUAUUUCUUCAGACGAAGGAACCCGAGAAAGGCUGGACGAUCACCAAGGAGCUCUACUCCGUUGCGAAGGAGUGGAACCGCCAGAAGGCGGAGGAGGCAUCAGCCCUCACGCAACCGAUGAGAACCGAGAUGUGCCUCAAGGCGAAAGAGAUGGGCUUGACCGAUGGCACGAGCUAUCUCUAUCUCAAGUGGAAUCAGAAGGAUCACCACUACGAGCCGGACACGCAGGAGCCGCUGGCACUUGCGAAGGCAAUGGAGAUAGUGGACUAUCUCGUCACGUUCACCUCACGAGGCACACCAGAUGUAUUGCCUCAUGAGGUGUUUGUCCCGCAAUGGUUGCCUCCACCUGGUGGGGGCCACGGCCCGUCCUACACGUCUAGGCCCAAGCUGUCAAUGUUGUUCUAA